AUGGCCGCAGCUCGUGCAAUGCUAGACGAGAUUCAUGGUGAUCUGCCCAACCGUUCAAGUGAUUUAAACAGCUACGUUUUCGGAGCUAUAGGCAAUCACUACGUUGCCAUGGCUUGUCUACCAUAUGGGAUCUAUGGCACUACUCCUGCAGCGCUUGUCGUUUGCCAGAUGCAGUUGAGUUUCCCCUCAAUCAGGUUCUACAUGAUGGUAGGCAUCGGCGGUGGGAUCCCUACAAAAACUGAUAUUCGACUAGGCGAUGUCGUGGUUAGCGUUCCGACGGGACAGUGUCCCGGGGUGGUACAACAUGAUCGCGGAAGAAUUGUAGUUGGUGGCCAUACGGAACAAACGGGUAAUCUCCAUGGACCCCCUAGAGGCCUUCUUAACGUUGUUUCAAAGCUACGGGCGAUUCAUUCAUCGGACGGGAACCGCAUUUUUCAGCUUCUAGAGGAGGCCGAGAGCAAGUUAUCAAAGAAAAUCGGAUUCAUUCGCCCUAAGGAGGACGAUAUUCUAUUCCGAGCUGGAUAUGAUCAUAUCGAUAGUGGUAGCGACACCUGUGACUACUGCGACGAACACGAGGCUUUGGUUCGGUCUUCCCGCGAUACGCACGACCCAGUUGUCCACUACGGCAUCAUCGCAUCGGGUAACACUGUGAUAAAGGAUGGGAAGUCUAGAGACCUUAUCGGCGAGAAAAAUGGGGCCUACUGCUUUGAAAUGGAAGCAGCUGGAGUUGCAGACGUCGUUGAAUGUUUGGUAAUCCGAGGAAUCUGCGACUAUUCCGACUCUCAUAAAAAUAAGCGAUGGCAGCCAUAUGCAGCGGCAACAUCAGCGGGCUACGCUAAGGAGUUGCUUCAGACGUUAUCUACAAAAGAACAACCGAUCGGUAGGCCUCCGAAUAAUUCUGCACCCUCCAAGUUUCAUAACACCAUAGAAGGAGGUGAUUUAGAGGACAACCUUUUGGAUAUGUAUAUGGGAGCAUUAAAGAAGAGUGGGAAGCUAACAAGGCUGCUGGCUGAGGAAGAAUACAAAAUUCAAAGCCUACGGACCCUAAGCUUCGGCGGUAUGGAUUUUCGUCUGAACAAUAUAGCACUGGCGCAUCAAACUACCUGCGAUUGGUUCUUCAAGACGAAGGAGUUUUUACAAUGGCGCAAUCGAGAAAAUGUCGAAACUUUCAACGGGGUGCUCUGGAUCAAAGGGAAACCGGGAGCCGGGAAAUCAACGCUGAUGAAACAUACCCUUCUCUACUGCCGGAGAGAAAUCCCAUCCCACUCUAUUGCGGCUUAUUUUUUCAGUACACGGGGCCAAGGACUGGAAAAGUCUCGGUACGGGAUGCUUCGUUCCUUGUUAUAUCAGAUAUGCGAUAACGACUCAGGGGCCUACCGUGCCUUUCUUCAACGUUUCCGAGAUAAAGAAAAAAAACAUGCCUACUCUUGGGAGUGGCGGGAAGAUGAGCUCGAAGCUAUUACGUUAGAGUCCGUAGCUUCGUCGACAAAGCCAGUAGUACUACUCGUGGAUGCUUUGGAUGAAUGCGAUGAAUCUGAAGUUCGGAUGGUCGUCAAUUUUCUAGAAACAUUGAGUUCGGUCACUAUAGCUUCUGCCAAAAAUUCUUUAAACGUUUGUUUAUCGAGUAGACACUAUCCGACUAUUAGUAUGGCGAAAAAACUAGAUCUCACCAUAGAAGGAAUAGCAGGGCACAACAAGGACAUCGCUAUAUACGUUGAAGCCAAACUUAGGAUCGAUAACAACGACAUCAAAUAUGAGCUCUGCAAAAAGGCCGAAGGGCUUUUUAUGUGGGUUAUCUUGGUUGUGGGAUUGUUGAAUCGGGCGUAUGAUGAUGGUGACAUCGAUGCCGUUUGGAUACGCCUCCGAGAGCUGCCGCCAGACCUUGAUGCAGUUUUCAGCACGUUGUUGGAAAUAGACAAUCCAGAAAAACACCAAACCAUUUUUAUGCUCGAGUUUAUGCUCUUCCGCAGAGGCCGCCUUGCGCCAAUAGAAUUGUAUUAUGCUGUCAAGGCGGGAACGAAACCUGAAAGUCUACGACGGCAUGAUACAUCGACUAGCUUGAUGGACAAAAUUAUCAAAAAUUUUAUUAUCAACCAUUCGAGAGGGCUUAUCGAAGUAUGCGGAAAUUGGUAUUAUGGCGAUGACAGCGAUACCCGUGUCCAGUUCAUUCACAAAACUGUGGAGGACUUUUUACUACGAAAUAACAGACUUCAAACCCUCCAUUCACGAAUGGCUCCGGAUUUUGGGGGAUUUGGCGACGAAGGAAUCGCAUUUUCUUGUCUGGAGUACCUUAGGAUGAAAGAUCUUGCGAAGGAACCCUCACUAGAGUCAAUCCCUGACGUAGAAAUUUACCUCAAUCGAAACUACCCGUUUCUGAAGUAUGCAGCAGAAAAUAUUUUCUACCAUUCAGAGAAAGCAGAAAGUGGACACCAAAAGAUUAUCACGCAGCUUAUUAAUACUCCCGAGCGCGAGCUAGUCCACGAGUUGAUAUCCGUAUGCGACAUAUUUCGCCAUGAUAUCCCCGGAAGAUCAAGGUACCAGUGUAGCCAAGAUGCGAGUCUACUUUACGCUGUUUCUAUUCAAAAUUACCCAAAGCUCGUUCAAACAGUCUUAACCCUUCCAACUAGCUAUGACGUUAACGCGAAUGCCCCAGGAGGAUAUUAUGGGACCCCAUUACAAGCGGCCGUAUCAAUUCAGGCAAACGAUAUCAUCCAACUAUUGUUAGACGCCGGCGCUGAUCUUAAUAUUACCGCAGGAAAUUAUUUCCAUGUGCUACAGACCGCUAUCCAUUGCGCUCCCAUGAGUGAUGAAGACGAAGUGCUAGCAUCUACACUUUCCUUUCUAGCAAAGUUAAUUGGUGCAGGUGCGGACGUCAACGCCAAUGGGGGUGAAUUCGGGACCGCACUUCAAGCAGCAGCAGCAAUACCAAGCAGACUGCAGAGAUCUAGAUAUAGUGUAUACUAUACAAUGAUUAAAAUUAUCCGAAUGCUUUUGGAUGCUGGUGCCGAUGUUAAUGUCCAAGGCGGAUUAUACGGAAAUGCAUUGCAAGCCGCAGUUGAAAGUAUUGCCCACGCAAGUGGCGGCGACAAAGAACCAGCCAAAGAGGUCAUCAAGAUGCUGCUAGAGGCCGGGGCGGACGUCAAUGCCCAAGGGGGCUUAUAUGGCAACGUGCUACAGGCCACUGCUGGGUUUAUGAACGUGUCCGAAAGUGGGGAUCACUUCAGUCAUGAACUUACUAAAAUACUACUGGACGCUGGUUCCGACGUGAAUGCCCAGGGUGGGCUGUAUGGAAGUGCGUUGUGUGCGGCAUGUGCAAUUUCGGGUUUCGCGCCGCGACAGGUUGAAGUCGCUAAGUCGCUCUUGAGUGCAGGUGCGGAUGUCAACGCCCAGAUCGGAAGCCAAAAAUAUAACACCCCGCUGGCACUAGCUUGUGGAGGCGGAUGGACUGCAUAUGAUCUGGUAGAAACGUUACUGAGCGAGGGUGCGGACGUGAACGCAAGGAGUAGAAACGGAAGCGCAGUGGAUGCUGCCUUCAGACGUGGCUGUCUUGAUGCCCAGGACAAAAUGCUCAACAUAGCUAUGGCGGCGGAGGGCCCCUUCAACAUAUUAAGGAGGUUACAGCUGGCUGGGGCAAUAGGUGCUGCUGAGGCUGAGCAGAAGCUUAAAAAAUAUCGUGAUUGGGUAUUGAUUCAAGUGUCUAAAGGCAGGAAACGUUCGGAGUUACCCUAUGAUUUAUACCUGCAGGAGACAUCUCGACCGAUGUCGACAUCAUGGUUACAUUAA